CAAAACCCGGGUAUUUUCAUCGGCACCCAAGUGAGCGCAGAACUGCUUUCAGCUGCUGACUUGGUUUUCAUCCAAAAAGCUGAAUUGUCUUCGGAUACUACUUCAAGCAAUCGGUAUGGCAAGUCGGAAACGAACGUUGGAAACUGCGGACAUCGAGACGAAUGCCUUCAAAACACCAGACAAGAAGGUGUCGGUGGUUUUGGGGGUGCCACCGUCCGAAUACAUACAAUGGGGUGUCGAAGAGACGUGUGAAUAUCUGCGGACGGAGGGUCUCGGAGAGUGGGAGAGUUUAUUUCGAGAGGAGAAAAUCACGGGCGUGGGACUGAGAUACCUCGGUGAGAAUGAGCUGGACAAACUUGGUAUUGAACGUAUCGGGGAUCGCCUGAGGAUCCUUCAUAGUAUCCGGAAGCUGUGGCAGGUGGACGUGCAAAACAAUAAGGUCUUCAAUGAUCCCAUUCAUGGACAUGUUGAGUUGCACCCGCUUCUCAUUAAAAUCAUUGACACACCGCAGUUCCAAAGACUUCGAAACAUCAAGCAGCUGGGAGGCACCUACUUUGUUUUUCCCGGAGCAUCACACAACCGGUUUGAACACUCCAUCGGAGUGGGACACCUAGCUGGAGAACUUGUGCAAGCACUGAAUGAGCGACAGCCUGAGCUUCUCAUCUCUCGUAGAGACAUCCUUUGUGUGCAGAUCGCAGGGCUUUGCCAUGAUUUAGGACAUGGGCCAUUUUCUCAUAUGUUUGAUGGUGUGUUCAUACCUAAAGCUCGGCCCAACUGUGAAUGGAAGCAUGAAAACGCCUCUCUCAGCAUGUUUGACUAUCUGGUGAAUGACAAUGACCUGAGGCCAUUGAUGGAGAGUCAUGGCCUGGUGUUUCCUGAAGACAUGGACUUUAUCAAAGAGCAGAUAGCAGGACCUCAAGACAGUGAUCAGUCUGAGGGUCAGUGGCCAUACAAAGGUCGACCAGAGAGCAAGUCCUUCCUCUAUGAGAUAGUGGCCAACAAGAAAAAUGGAAUUGACGUCGACAAGUGGGACUAUUUUGCCAGAGACUGUCACCACCUGGGCAUCCAGAACAACUUUGACUACCGCCGCUUUCUGAAGUUUGCGCGUGUGUGUGAUGUGGAUGGACAGAAACAGAUCUGCACUAGAGACAAGGAAGUGGGAAAUAUUUACGACAUGUUCCACACAAGGAACUGCCUCCACAGAAGGGCCUACCAGCACAAAGUAGGCGCCAUAAUCGAGUACAUGAUCACGGAGGCCUUACUGAAAGCAGAUAAGCACAUCAAAGUGGAAGGCUCAAAUGGCAAAAUGUUCUGUCUCUCGGAAUCCAUAGAUGACAUGGUGGCUUACUCCAAACUGACAGACCGUGUGUUCGAGCAAAUUCUUUACUCGUCUUCCCCAGAGCUCCAUGAAGCGAGAGAGAUUCUCCGCAAUGUUGUUUACCGCCGCCUCUACAAAUGUUUGGGCCAAACGCAGUCAGAGACCCCACUCACUGUUACAAGGGGAAAGAUCCAUGACUGGGCCAAAGAAUUGUCUGAAUCCAACCCUCAAACUGGCUCUCUCGAUAUCAGAUUGCAGCCAGAAGAUUUUGUUGUUACUGUGGCUUGCAUGGAUUAUGGGAUGAAAUACAAGAACCCCAUCGACAAGGUUCGGUUCUACUGCAAGGCUGAUCCAACCGUUGCCAUUAAGAUACGCAAAAACCAGGUGUCUCAACUGCUUCCAGAGCGCUUCGCAGAGCAACUUAUUCGGGUGUACUGCAAGAAAACUGACAGUGACAGUCUAGAGGCCGCACAGAAGCACUUUGUCCAGUGGUGCAUUGACCGAAACUUCUCCAAACCAAAGAACUGUGACAUCAUUGCACCUGAGCUGACUCCUCUGAAACCUGACUGGGGAAACCAAACUGGGGAUGAGGAUGCUGAGUAUGACAGCGCAAGAAACGUCAACAGUGCGCGGAAGAGAGUCAAAAGUCAGCUUUUUAAAUAAGCACAAAGAAAUCGCAAAUCUAUCUGUUACAUGUGCAAAACUGGUUUUAGGGAAUGUUUUUAUAUUUACUACUUGCUCUGCUGUGCAGCAAGUUUAUAUAGAAAAUAUAUAUUAGCUAUGAAGAGGGAGUGCUGACUCAGGGUUUUUACCAAAUUAUUUUUACAAUCCAAAUUUGUUUAUUUUCAUAUUUAAAUCAGGGUGUGUGAAUGUUUAAUGUUAUUUGUUUUAACGUAGUAAAUUUAAAUCUUCCUAUUGAAGUUUUGCACAAGCAUCUCUGUUCCAUGUGUCCAGUCAAGUUGCAGGUUACAUAUUUUGCUUCAUUCAUGUUUGGAAUUUUUAUUUCCCUCACUUAAAGAAUCAUGAUUGUUUAAGUGUAUAUGGCUGCUUCUCUUGCUUGUUUGGAGGUUCUGUUUUCACACAAAGAAAUCUAUCUUCAUUUUAGUAAUCCAAUUCUCUUAUUAUCUAGCAGUUUCAUUUGCUUCUUUUUGGUACCAUGUGUGUGACAACUGUGUGUUCUUGAAGAGACUAAAUAUUGUUCCUGUUAUAAUAUCUCAGAAAAAAGUGUGUGAAGAUUUUUUUUUUUUUAUAAAACUGAGUUAUCAUUUAAAAAAUAAUCUCAGGUUUUUAUAUGAGUGUGUGGCAGGAAUAUCUUGGAAAAGCCAAGCCAUUGAAAACCAGUGAGUUUAUUUUGUGUUUAUCUCAGUAUUAUUUGACAUAAAUGUGUGUUGCAUCUCAUUCUGAAUUUAAUCUCUUAUUUUUAUUUGUUAAUUUCUUUGCUCUGACUUAAAAUAAUUCACAUCUGCGAAGUUCCUCACCUUUUAUGUCAUGGAUAUAGUUUCAGGUUACCUAUAUAAAUCAUAUUAUGGAUUUUGCUUUAUUAAUUUUUUUUGCUGGAUCAAGUCACGACUGUUUGUAGUGCAUUAAUUUAUCAGAAUUGCAGAUUAUCAUUGCGACGAAUACGAUUAUGAUUGUAGUGAUCAUUGUUGAACACAAGGGUGCGCUAUUGUGCUAUGUCCUACUAUGUUGACGUCAUCUGUAGGUUUCAUUGAGUCUCAGCUCCUGAGUGUGAUGGCAGGGAUGAGGAUCCGCACUGCUAAAUGAGAGACUAUUGUUCUCAAGUGGAAUCAAAUGGAAGCCUUUGACUCUGUGUUGCUCAACCCGGAGAACAGUGAUGUUGUGAAUGAUGAAAGAUGAGAUCACCGU